AUGAGCAAAAACGAAUUUACAAAAGUUGUGGUUAAGGUGAAAGAAGAAGAGCUAAAUGAUCUGUACGAUUGGUUAUAUAGUUUCUCAUUGUCGAGAAAAAUAAAAAAUAUUCAUAGAGAAUUUUCAGAUGGAGUAUUAAUGGCGGAACUUGUAAAUAUAUGUCUACCCAAGUUUGUUGAAUUACAUAAUUAUAGUAAAGCAAAUUCUAUUAAUCAGAAGAAAUACAAUUGGAACAGGUUAAAUGAAAAAGUAUUUAAGCGCUUGGGAUUUAAAAUCGAUAAAAGACAUGUAGAAGAAAUUGUUAAUUGUAAAUAUAUGGGUGUGGAGAAGGUACUCAAUACUUUUAAAAAUCAAUUACAGAAAUUUCAAAAUUCGGAAAUAAAUGGAGAAGAGGGUUCAAAUACUUUGACCAAUGGACAAGCAAAUUCAGUUAACGACGAGGAACAUUCCAUUACACACGUGUUGGAUGAUCCAUCAUACCAGAACACAGAGAUCCUAAACGAUGAAAUUGUUAAAAUAUUGCGGGAUAAAAUUCAAAAUCUUGAAAAACUUUUAAAAAUAAAGGACAACAAAAUUGACAUUUUGAAUAGAAAAAUUGACACAUUAAACAGGAUGAAAAACACUUAA